AUUAGAUUUAAUGACAGCGUUCAUAUGUUGUCAACUCUUGGUCGUGAUUCGUGAUCUCAGACUCCCUCGAGAUCUGCUGUUGUUGAAGCACAAGAUAUUUUUCUACAACGUUACCUAUUAUUUCUUUUUCUACCACACGUGAAAGAGCAGGAGAAUGAGCGCAUCAGGAAAGUAAAAUGGCAGCUGCAAGCAACGAUGAGUUUCAUCUUAUAAUCCCUGAAACAACUGAGAGUGUUCAGGUUAAACUGGGAUCUGGAUUCACUGUACCAUGUUACCUGUCACCUGAAACCAGUGCUGUCAACAUGGAGAUCAGAUGGUUUAAGGAGACAGACUGUCUUUGUGACUAUAAGAACAGACAGAUGACAGUGGUGGGAGGAUACGAAAACAAAGUCAGCCUGCUAACUGGGGAGCUAAACAGAGGAAAUGUGUCCUUAACACUACAGUGCUUCACAGAGUCAGAUUUGGGAGAUUAUGUGUGUCAAGUCACCAGUGGAGACAAAACAGAAGAGAUAACAAUAAGAGUAAAAGAAGCAGAGAAAGACAAACUGCGUGGAACUCCAGCUAAAGAAGACACAGGAAAAAGAAGGAUGUUUACAUUUAUGGCAUUAGGUGCAUUAGCUGGUGCAAUAAUUGCACCAAUAGCACUAGCAGGAGCAGGAGCAGCAGUAGCAACUGGACUAGUGGGAGCAGGAGUAGGAGCAGCAGUAGGAAAAGUUGCAAUAGGAGCAGCAGCAGGAAAAGUUGCAGUUGGAGCAGCAGUAGGAGCAGGAGCAGCAGUAGGAAGAGUUGCAGUAGGAGCAGGUGGACCAGCAGCAGAACAGCCAUUGCAGUUCGCAGAAGCAGUUGAUCAUAGAAACAUCACUUUUUUGAAAGUAGACACAAUAAAAACAUCUGAUCUAAUGACAGGUCGAGUAAGAAGGGGAAGCGUGAAGGAAGAUCGACCAAACAUGAGUGGAGAAACUUCAAACCCAAAGUUACUGAGCAGUUUGUUCAGUCAGGAAGACAGGUCGAAAGACUUGUAGAGAUAUGUAGUGUCUGAGAAAGAUCAGACACACAAUAACUUGGCUGGACAAUUAUUUAAUAUCAAUAUAUUUCGUAGUAUAUAUUUUUUCAAUAACGGUGAUUUGGUUUCUAAAGAUUACAGCGUCCCUAGGCCGUUCCCAUGUCACGUCUAAAACGCGUGAUAAACUCGGGUCAAGGCGCUUCUUCCUUCCAAAGCGCACACACGUGGCAUGUUUCGUAGCCAAGCAACCAUGAGCUGCGCUGUCCGGGAUGGCGAGGAAAACAGAAUGCCUGAUCAGAUUUAAAUUGCUGAUCUGUACCUUGCGUUAAAUCAUAUCAUUGUUAUUAUGCGAUCAAUUACUCUGGUUGGGACUUUGGAGUGUUUGCUCAUUGAAGAGCUGUCACUCAGAAGUACGAGAAGGAGAGGUGCAGGUUAGUUUGCGUCAAGUCACAGCUUCCAAUGGUGACACAAUAGAGGGAGAACAGGAGAUGUAAUGCAACACGAGAAAAAUAGGCUUAAGCCAUUAGGUGCCCAUGUUAGAAAAGGGAAAGAUAAGAAACAUGCAAAAGAUAAAUGUAUGCAGCUAUGACAUUCAUCUCAUUAUGAGUAUAAUAUGUAUAAAAUGGAGUAUACUAGUAUCUAAUAUAUCAUUACAUGGCUUGCUGUGGAAUUACAAAUAGAGCUUUCUUCUGUCCAACUAUUUUAUGUGACAUUACAUAGCGUACCAUCAUUCAAAAGUUUAAGGGUCACUUUCAUUUAGACUAUUUAUUAAUAUUUUUCCACAUAUUACUUUAAUAGCAAAUUGUUCAAAACUAUGGAGCUAUGAAAGUGAAUACUGGGACUGAAGAAAUCCAUUAGUUUGAUACCCUUGCAUUACAGCAUGUAUCACAGACUGACAUUCAGGUAAACUUUAUUAAUAUUAAAGGUUAGUCUUGUUUAUUUGACAGUGAGGUAACAUUAAUUUGUAUUUAGCCAUUAUACAAAAUCAAAAGAUGAACUUAAAUUUAUUUAUACCAUUGUUAUUUAAAAAAUAUAUUAUAUUUUUUUAUAGGCGGAGGCUUCAUAGACUUGGCAAAUUCAUUUGUUCAGAAGUUUGUAGGGACAGACAUUCGUUGUGGGCAUUCUUUGCAGCUUAUCCCAAGGCUGUCAUACCAUUAUCGGAUUUAUACCAUAUUGUCCGAAAUUUAGAAGUAUACAGGUGAUAGAAAUUUUGGCCAUUUCGUCCAAAUGUACGGUAUAUAUGAAGAGUUUGGUUCCAAAACGCAAUAAAUCCAUUUUGACAAAUUUUGGUAAAAACGUGUUUUCUAUACCAAGAAAGUGACAAGAUGAAAACCACUAUUUUCUGUUACAAACUUUCACAUAGCAUCUUUAGGUUAUAAAAACAUAAAAAAUUCAAAUCCAUAACUUGAUUUUCAAAGAUUUAUUAUAAAAACUGAUAAUUUUUUCCACAAAAUGCAAUAAAUCCAUAACAAGUUUUUAUUCAAAAUGCUAUAAAUCUAUUGAAUCAAUAGCCUAUAUAAAUGUGCAUUCAUCUUUGCCAUGUUAUAUUCAUUUAGUUGACUAGUUGUACACACUAAUUAAAAAUAUAAACAUUAAUGUCAUUAAUCAAAACACUUACUUUGUCAUAUUAAGAACACUGUCAUUGCUGCGGUUAUACUUGACGUCGUGGCUUAACGUUUUUCACAGCGAUCAGCUGUAAAAUGUUUUGGUCCCGCUCGAUUUUCGUUGACUUUGAGUAAAAUAAUGUAAAGUUUUUCAUAAGAUCCCCUGGGGUCAAUGUGUUAUCAUGACAGAAACUUGAUGCUGUCUGGAGAACAAGCAGCCGAGUGCCUCUCGCGGAAAUUAUUAGAUGUUGAUGGCUUACGUUUCUUUCCCGUCACAGAAAACCAUCACAGGUUUAGCAAUGCUAUUAAAGUAUUAUUUUGUUUUGUUUGUUGAUCACGAAGUACAAAGUAGAUGAGGAAAAUUAGGAUUCCGUGUACUCAGCGCGCCGCCAUGUUUGUUUACAUUGCGUGAAUGGUCCGCUGUAAUAUCAGGAAUGGAUUUAUUGCGUUCUGUAAAAAAGGAGGAGUGGCGUUUGUCGCAUUUUGGGAACAAAGGGAGAAAA